UGACACAAACAUCUAAUCAAAAUUCAUUAGGAUUAAAGUACUUGUAAAUAUUUGCUGCAAAAAAUAAGGCGAAAAGCGGCGGUUUAUAAACCUUAUCCUCUACCUGCUUUACCCAUUGACACUCACCUGUUCAGCAGCAUCUUCAUCACUUUGUUCCUCAACCCAUCAGAAGUUCUCGUCGAGGGCAUCAAUGCCAGCAAAGUUGAUCUCUGAGUCAAGCUGCGCGACCUUGGCGAGUUGAGCUCCUCCGGCUUGAAUGGGGUGAUGAAGUAGCUCGGCGGUGCGGUGGAGGAACCAUAAAACAGAGAAGAGAAUUGAAAGCAUGGGUUCGGCAGCCAAAACAGUUUGUGUUACGGGGAGUACCGGUUUCAUCGGGUCAUGGCUUGUCAUGAGACUCAUGGAGCGCGGCUACAUGGUUCGAGCCACCGUACAACGCGACCCAGAAAACAUGAAGAAGGUGAAGCAUUUGCUGGAACUGCCUGGUGCAAAGACCAACCUUACUAUUUGGAACGCCGAUCUUACUGAAGAGGGAAGCUUUGAUGAAGCCAUCAAUGGGUGCUCCGGAGUUUUCCAUUUGGCCACCCCCAUGGACUUUAAUUCCAAGGAUCCUGAGAAUGAAGUGAUCAAGCCUACCAUAAACGGGGUGCUAGACAUCAUGAAAGCAUGCCAGAAGGCUAAAACUGUACGGAGGCUGGUUUUCACAUCCUCCGCAGGUACCCUCGACGCUGUAGAGCACCAAAAACAAAUGUUUGAUGAAAGCUGCUGGAGUGACGUUGAGUUCUGCCGGAGAGUAAAGAUGACUGGUUGGAUGUAUUUUGUUUCAAAGACACUGGCAGAGCAAGAAGCAUGGAAAUUUGCCAAAGAGCAUGACAUUGACUUCAUUACAACCAUUCCAUCCCUUGUUGUUGGUUCCUUUCUAAUGCCAACAAUGCCACCUAGCCUAAUCACCGCUCUUUCUCCCAUCACCGGAAACGAGGCCCAUUAUUCGAUCAUAAAGCAAGGCCAAUUUGUCCAUUUGGAUGAUCUUUGUCUAGCCCAUAUUUUCCUGUUUGAGCACCCUGAAUCAGAAGGAAGGUAUAUCUUGUCUGCAUCUGAGGCUACUAUCCAUGACAUUGCAAAGUUAAUUAACUCAAAGUAUCCAGAGUACAAUGUCCCCACUAAAAUAUUCCAGAUGAAUUGGAGCUUGUCAGAUUUUCAUCAAAGAAGAUCAAAGAAAUGGGGUUCGAAUUUAAAUACAGCUUAGAGGAUAUGUACACUGGAGCAAUUGACACAUGCAAGGAAAAAGGGCUUCUUCUUAAAGCUGCAGAAAAUCCAAGCAAUGGCAUAACAGAGAAAUAAACUGGCCUUGUUUAUAUCUUUGUGUCUGUGAUGUGUGAUAUGGCUAUGGAUCCUCCAUUACCUAUUAUGUUUCUUGAUUAGGAUUUAUUUUCUUGAUUAGUUAAAAGAUGUCUACUUAACAAGAUGAUAUUUAUAGUGGUUGCUCAUCGGAUUGGAUUUUAGAACUUCAAGUAAAAUCAGAAAGGAACCAACAACAAGGGAUUUUAUAUAGUGGUUUCCUAUGGUGGCUGUGGAGCUUUUUUCCUACAGGCGUUCGAACAGCCUACUCUUUUAGUGGCAUCAAGGCAUGGAGGAAGUUUUGGCUUGGUGGCGAAAGGGAUUUUCUCCUCUAGCUGUAUUUGCAUUUUCUUUUUUUGUUGUUUUUAUUGUGCGUGUUUAAUCUUUUGUUGAGAGGACAGAGGACUUGUAUAUAUCUCCUUUUAAUUUAUAAAA